AUGCCAGUUGAGGUCUAUGUGUUUUGGUCUCGCUGCACUGUACAAUAUGAAAACGAUAUUGAUGCCAAUGCCAACCAAUAUGCCAACCUGUAUGGGCAAUACAAUACAAGCUAUGAAGGCUCCAAGGCCAGGAAUGAGAUCAGUUUCUGGAAGUAUGGACUGUACAGCUGCUUCUUGGGCUGCUUUAUCUACGUUAUUUUCGGCACCAGCAAAGAUGUGCCUUUUGGACCUACUGCCAUUGCCGCAUUGCUGACGUUUCAAAUUGCUCGUGGCAGUUUGGAAAAAACAAUUCUACUCACCUUUCUUACUGGCCUCAUUGAAGUGCUGAUGGGCAUAUUUCAGCUAGGUUUCCUCAUCGACUUCGUAUCUGGACCGGUCAGUGCAGGCUUCACCAGCGCCGCUUCAUUAAUCAUUUUUACCUCACAACUUAAGGAUAUGUUGGUUGUAGAUACAACUGGCGAGACGCUAGUACACAUGUGGAUCUCCAUAGUUAAGGAUUUUCAUAAUAUCAGCUGGAAUGAUGCCGCUUUGGGUAUAAGUUCGGUUAUUAUAUUACUCUCUAUGCGUUCGAUGACCUUUGUCACUAUCGGCCCGAAGGAGGGCAAAGCAUGUUGGCAGCGUGUAUUGCAGCAGAUCAUCUGGUUGAUUGGCACUUCACGUAAUGCAGUUCUUGUGAUGUUGGUCGGUCUAUUAGGUUAUGAUUUGCUCCAUUCCGGCAUCGAUAUCUUUCGUAUGGUCGGUUAUGUGCCACAGGGAUUACCCGAACUGAAGAUGCCAGCAUUUUUUAUAGAUACCUUCACUAAUACCACCAGCGGCGAGCUUGUGCGAACGCAUGAAAAUUUCAUUGAUAUGGUAAGCAGUUUGGGUGCUGGUCUAAUUGUGAUACCGCUAGUUUCGCUGCUGGAAACCACAGCACUGAUACAAACUUUUGCCGAUGGCAAGCCUUGUGAUGCUAAUCAAGAACUCAUCGCCAUUGGCCUUUGUAAUGUUGGCACUUCCUUUGCGCAGGGUUUUCGUGGCAAUGGCCCUUUGGCUCGAGGUGCUGUCUUGAAUGCCAGCGGUGUUAGAACUCAGAUGUCAAAUUUGUAUGCGGGAAUUCUUGUGAUGUUCGCUUUACUUUAUCUAACUCCUGCCUUCUACUAUGUUCCGAAAGCUGCUUUGGCUGCAAUUAUUGUUUCCGCGACGAUCUUUAUGCUACAAUAUCGCGUAAUCAAGCCGAUGUGGCGUAGUAAAAGAGUGUCACGUAACUCUACCUGCAUUCGAUACAAUUGGAAUCGAAGUGCGAAUAUGAUCUUCAGUAAUUCGAAACACAGUUGCAGCAAUCAAUACUCUUAG